CGUUCAUUGCAGAUUACUGUAUCAGCAACUAUAGCGAAUUUCAUAAUUACUCGUUGGUUAAGUGCACGUUGGAACAGUAUCGUUGACGUACUCCGCAACGAGUAUCAAGAAAUAACAGCAAAGAAGAACAUGUAAAAAAGAACUUGCGAAUUUUCAGAACUGUCAAAUACUAUGUCAUUUGGUCGAGAAAAAAUCUUAAAGUGCUAGUUUUCCACUCGAUUUGGCAAAAGAAAAAUAAAUUCACUUUUAUAUAUGAGGGAAUUACGUACAAGUGAGAGGUAGUGGUUCUAUCAAACGAUUUAUUUUGAAUACAGCGAAAAAAUCUUAAAACGCGAAACAAGUAUCGUUGACUGCAUAUCGGUAUGUUGAUUUGUACAGGUGUGUGUACGUGGCGUGCGGUGACCGCGUACUGUUAUGUCAAUAAUUUAAAAAAAAUCAAAGAAUUAUGAGCAUAGUAUUAUUAUAAUGAGCUACAUAUAUUUGGUGAAUACUUGAAAAUUGUCAUUUGAUGCCUUGUUCGUACCAUUUCAAAGUGAAAGGUGCUUUCCCAAUAGAUUUGAGCGUAGUAACCAGAAUGCAAUAAUUUCAAGUGGAAACGUGUGCGGCUUAGUGUCUUUAAAAAUAUAAAUCGAGAAACCACAAGAGAUUUCUACCACGUGCACCCAAACACGAGUGCUGCAGUAUACAUCACUGCUAUAGAUUUGGAUGAAAUAAUUUACAACCGUUCUUAGAAUUGAAUGUGCAAACUCCCCCAAAGUUGAAGCCAGACAACGAGUAGUGCCAGCUAAGUUGCAUUGCAACGAUUAAUUCAAGAAAUUUUCGAUUGGUUGCGAUUUUAAUAGGAAGAUAGAAAAAAGUAUACGAGUUGUGAAAAAAAUUUAGUAAUAAUUUACAAGCGACUUUACUGCCAAAACGUCGACGAAAAAUACAAGCAAAAAAUCACCAGCAAUUAUUGCUGCUUCAGGCCCGACAGCAAGUGGUCGCCGAUCGAGCAAAGUGGUAACAGUGGCAGCGGCAGCAGCAUCAUCUGCUGCUAAAACAACGGCAACGACGACAACAACGGCGAUUCCAUCGUCAUCAGGUGGUGGUGCAGGCACUGGUGCUGGUGUGGCGACAGGAACAGGUGGUGCAAGUGGUGGUGGCGGCGGCGGCGGUGUACAUAGUCGCAGUGGACGACGCAGUCAUAGCAGCAAUAUACCGCAACAGCAGCACACUAUUAGCAACACCAGAAGCGGCCACAAUAUUAAGACUAGUGCGAGCCGCAAUAGCAACAUUCGCAGUUCUUCGUCCAAUAGCACAAUGGCAUCGUCCAAUCACCGUGGUGGCGGAGGUGGUGGCGGUGUUGGCGGUAGUUCGGGCCUGCAAAUUGGCUCGGCGUGGUUUCAACGCAAAAUCAAUUUACGACCACAGCAUCGAGGUGUUCAUUUAGUCACAGAAGAGAUACUCCGACAGAUGCCCGAAUUAGGGCAGUUUUCAGUGGGAUUGUGUCACGUGCAAAUUCUUCACACAUCCGCGAGUUUGGCGUUAAAUGAGAGUUGGGAUCCAGACGUCAGGUAAUAUAAAAGCAAUUAUUCCAUUCCUUAUGUUUACAGCAAAACGAUUUCUUUAUAAUUGGCUAAUUUAAACUUAAUAUAUGUGAUACAUAGAGACGACAUGGAAAUGAUGUUAAAUAAAAUAGUUCCCGAAGGUCUACCGUACAGGCACUCGUGCGAAGGACCCGAUGAUAUGCCGGCGCAUGUGAAAGCCUGCUUCCUCGGCAGCUCAUUGACAAUCCCCAUAACUGAUGGUAAAUUAUCGCUUGGUACAUGGCAGGGCGUUUGGCUAUGCGAGCAUCGCGAUCAAGCGGGUUCACGCAAGCUAGUUAUAACACUGUCUGGGUGUCCGCGUGAGACAGCGCGCAGUCCGCUGUCGCCAGUAUCGCCAAUCGCUUCGACAUCCAGUUAGGGAAGGCCUCGCUCCACCCGCGAUAGUCGGUAAUCGCGGGGGAGCGACAAUAAUGACAUCAUUUCGUCGAGGAAAUUAAUUUUUAAUAGAAAUUUAGCUAAUACCAAAAUCAGUGCGACGGCAACAACAACAACAGCGGCAGCGGCAUCAGCUGUAGCAGCCGCAGCAGCUGCGAGCACUACAACUACUACUUGUGCGAAAAAUACGACUAAUUUAACUAAUAUAACUACGAACGCGUUAUUAAGUAAUAGUAGAAGAUUGUUCAUGAAAAACCAAUUACAUUUAAAUUUAAAUGUAACGGAAACAUUGAAUGUUGAUAAUGAUGGUAAUGCGAGUGAUUCGAUGGAAGCAGCGGCAGCAGCAGCAGCAGCAGUAGCCGUAUCUAAGUUAAAAUGGGAUGGUGUUAAUGUAGAAACCGUCACAACAGUGCCUCAACAACAACAACAACUACUACUACAACCACACGAACAAAAACAACAUCAACAACAAAUACUAGAAGCAGAACAACAAAAACUUAGAAAAGCAUAUAGCAAAAUCGAAGCAAUUGCAGUGGGACAGUCGUCUACAACUACAACAACAUCAACAACCACAUUUAGAGGAGACGUGGGAAUAGUAGCAGCAACAAAACGAGUAGCGACAUCGCUAUCAUCAUCACCGUCAUUGUUGAAUUCAUCAUCAACGGCAUUAGCUAAAUUUAACCGAAUCAUCGACAGUACAAUGCCGGCAACUAAUUAUUAUCAGCACCAUUUGCAACAACAGAAGCAAGCGCAAGAAAGCAUGCAACAUGCCAUAUGCGCCGGUGCAGCACCACCAGCAACGCUGAGUGACGCACUACAGCAGCGCUUAGCGCUCGUCUAUCCCGACAUUGUCUCGACCGAUUCGCAAACGAAAAAAAUUAAUUUCACAACAGCAGCAGCAGCGGCAACAGCGAAGACAGCAGCAACAACCGCACAAACAGCAAAACCGAAAGCGAAAGUGAAAGGAAAAUCCGGUGCAACGCAUGAUCGUUCGCGUACAACGCGAGCGGAAAUAGCGACGGAAAUGGAAGCGGCAACUUUGACGGCCGCAGCUGCUGCAACAGCGCCAUCAAACGACGAUAAUCAAAUGAAACGAAAUGAUGUGCAUUAUUUGUUGAAACAAUUAAAUAGUUUUAGUGAUAUAGAAGAAAUAGAAAUUGUUGAUAUGGAGCAAAGACAGCGACAGCUGGACGAACAACAGCAGCUAACACAGCAGCAUAUGGGCCACGGCGUGGACAAGGCACACUCACCGACAGCGCAAUCGCUUGUGAUAACCUCGCCAUCGUCACUGUCACACAAAGGCAUACGACGCUACGCCUCACUGCACCAACAGCAGUGCACGCAAUAUCCGCUCGAUAGCGAUGAGGCGAUCGACAGCGUCGAUCAACAGCAAUAUUUGCUGCAACAAUUCGACGACUACCUUUUUCAGUCCUGCCACUAUCUGGAGACAAAUUAUUUUGCCGCCAACUAUCGCACUGCCAUGGUUGAGAGCAGCUCACACGAGUUCCGACCAUCGACGACGACGACAACGGGCACAUCGGCAGCAUCUGUCUCAUCGGAGCAAUCCCUCGAGCUGCACGAGACCGAGCCGCCGAGCGUCAUCUGUAAGGCACCACCGCCACCAGCGCCUGCCACACCAACACCAUCUUUAAGCGGCGUCGACGUGCCGACAACGCCUAGACGCUACGGUAUGCAAGCGCGUUUGACUAGCAGCGGCGUGCAAACCGAACUCACCGCCACCUCACUAACGGAGGCGUCGCUGGCGAAAAGCAGCAGUAGUUCCGCUAGCUCCGAAGAGCAGCGUCGGCGUGCGCCAUUCUUCAAGUGCUGCUACACGCCCAUAGAUCGUUGGCGUGAAAAACGUAGCGCAGCACAUUCAGCGGCGGCAGCGCAAAAGCGUGGGAGUCGACAAAGUGAGCGAUCAAGUGUCACUGCAGCUACAGCGUCGGUUAGCAAGCGUGGUGGCGCCACCGCCAGUGCCAGAGCUAGUAAAGCCAACGUCGCACAGCAACAUACGGGCAAAAAUGGGCAUGCAGUCUGACAUUUCGCGUACGCAUUGGAGUGUGUAGGCGUGAGCUUGAGCAUGAACUUAAAGAAAAAACGAUGCAAAUUGAGAAUCCAUCAGCGUCGCUGUCUAUUUGCGAUAUCAACAAUUAUUUCUAUUUCAAAAUUAUACUUGGAAUAUUUACGCAAAUACUUUUGUAUACAUGAAGAUAUUCCAAGUAGAUUAUUUGUUUAAAAGCGCAAACUUAGAUGAUAAACUAGGAGGAGAAGCAGAAAGAGUUAUUUUCUGCAGCGCAUUGAAGGCGCGUCAAUGCGUGGCAAAAAGUGAAAGAGAUUUUGAAUAUUGGCGAUUGUAGUCAAGAAUAAAAUAGAAGUCUUAAAAAGUGUUCUAAAUGUUAAAGCUUUUUUAAAAAGCCCUUUAGUUGUAUGCAUGCAUGCAGGAAGUAAACCAGUCCGGUGCCAGUGUCAACUGUUACCAGUUAAACUAGGAACCACACACGCUAACCUCAAAGAUAAUAAAGAGCCACAAAUACACCGCACUAAACAAGAGAUUUGCAUUGAAAAUAAGUGCUUUUAAAUUAAAUUGUUUGUUAUCAAUUAAUGUUAGACUAAUAAGUUCUUUAACAAUCCACAUAAAAUAAGAAACACGAGAGGCAAAUUUGCUUUUCAAGCAUUCCAAAGAUUGUAGCUAUAGUUUUUAAAAACAAAUUCAAGUUAAAAAAAAA